GAGCCGGAGGACGAUGAGCCGCGCUCAGGCUGCGCGGAGCCCAGCCCUGCCCCGCGCGGCCCCGAGCUCCGGGAGGUACCAGGUGUCCCCAACUUUGGGCACCGCCUCUGGGACCCCCUAGCGGCCAGCAGGCAAGCUAGUGAGCUCCUGGUAUUCUGUGCUGUGGGCUUCGGUGGGCAGAGGCAGGCGUGGGGGACCGUGCAUGCCGAGAGCCGCCUCACACCUGAUAAAAAAGCCAGCGGAGGACCCAGCACUGCUAUCUUGAGUUGCUGAGUGGAACCUCCAGGGACGACAAGGGGAGGGACAGAGAUUAGGCCGAGAAAGGGCAGGGCCGUCUGGCCAGCCUAGGCAGGCGCCCUCUGUGCCAAGUGGGGCUCAUCUCCCGAGGGAGGGGACUCCAGAGCCCCGGGCCCCUGGCCGGGCAGACCUCCCACCCCGCGCGUCCCGACCCCAGGUGCCACCGCUGAUGUGCCUCGCCUGCCAUGCCGCCCUCCAUCUCCGGCUUCCAGGCCGCCUACAUCAGCGUGGAGGUGCUCAUCGCCCUGGUCUCCGUGCCCGGGAACGUGCUGGUGAUCUGGGCGGUGAAGAUGAACCAGGCGCUGCGGGACGCCACCUUCUGCUUCAUCGCGUCGCUGGCGGUGGCUGACGUGGCCGUGGGCGCUCUGGUCAUCCCACUCGCCAUCCUCAUCAGCAUCGGGCCGCAGACCUACUUCCACACCUGCCUCAUGGUCGCCUGCCCUGUGCUCAUUCUCACUCAGAGCUCCAUCCUGGCCCUGCUGGCCAUUGCCGUGGACCGCUACCUCCGCGUCAAGAUCCCCCUCCGGUAUAAGACGGUGGUGACGCCCCGCAGGGCGGCGGUGGCCAUCGCCGGCUGCUGGCUGCUCUCCUUCGUGGUGGGCCUGACGCCCAUGUUCGGCUGGAACAACCUGCGUGCGGUGCAGCGGGCCUGGGAGGCCAACGGCAGCGUGGGCGAGCCCGUGAUCAGGUGCGAGUUCGAGAAGGUCAUCAGCAUGGAGUACAUGGUCUACUUCAACUUCUUCGUCUGGGUGCUGCCCCUACUGCUCAUGGUCCUCAUCUACCUGGAGGUCUUCUACCUGAUCCGCCGCCAGCUCAACAAGAAGGUGGCGUCCUCCACCGGCGACCCGCAGAAGUACUAUGGGAAGGAGCUGCGGAUCGCCAAGUCGCUGGCCCUCAUCCUCCUGCUGUUCGCCCUGAGCUGGCUGCCCCUGCACAUCCUGAACUGCAUCACCCUCUUCUGCCCCUCCUGCCACAAGCCCAGCCUGCUCAUCUACAUCGCCAUCUUCCUCACACACGGCAACUCGGCCAUGAACCCCAUUGUCUACGCCUUCCGCAUCCAGAAGUUCCGGGUCACCUUCCUCAAGAUCUGGAAUGACUAUUUCUGCGGCCAGCCGGCGCCCCCCAAGGAUGAGGACCCCCCGGAAGACAGGCCAGAUGAGUAGGCUUCAUCUGCCCACGGCCGGAGCACCUCAGCUCGGUCCUCACCUGCCCACCAUCCCGCUUGUCUCCCGGAGCCUUCCCUGGCCUGGCUGUGGGACGUGGGGUGUCCUGCGCCUCUGGGUCUGGAAGUGGGUUGGGGGGCAGUCCAGGGGGAAGGAGCGGGUAACCCGAGGGAGGAGGAAAGGGGCUUUUGCCUCCCCGUGUGCCUGGCCAUCCCAUGGGCAGCCCUGGCUUCCGACAAAGAGGCCUCGUGGGCGGGGCUGGGGGGCAGGGGCCCUGUCUUAGCGGUAGGGGCCCAGGGGCCCCAGGACCAAGCUGCAGGAGGGGGAGGGGUCCCCUGCGCGAGGAGCAACGGAGGGGAGCAGGGCCUUGCUUUUCUCUUCUGUCUUCAGGGGAAAGUGGCCAAAGCCACUGAGGGGCGGAAAUGAGGAUCCUCAGCCCCUGCCUCCCAGGUGCCUGCCGCCCUUGCUCAGAGCAGCCUAGGCUUAUACUUGGGAAGGAGGCAGAAACAGCAAGUCGAGAAAUCUCUUCUAAUAUCUGCUUUAUUCUGCACCAGCCUUUGGACCCUGGGGGGUGCUCAGAGGCCCCUGAGCAAGUGUGGAGUGUGUUGUGGGCUUCCCACAGCCACCAGGUGGCAGCACUGAGUGCCCAGCAGCGGCCAGGACUGUGGUUGCCUGUCCUCUGGGCCACCAGCUCACGGAGGGGCCUGGACUCUCCUGACGCCCACCGCUGCUGCUGCUGGGCCUGAUGGAGACCUGCCAACUCGUGGGAGCAUCGUGCCUGCCCGGGGAGGGGGCGCACGAGGGACGUGGCUGACUGUGGACCCUGCUGGGGUGAGGUACAGCAGGCUGGGGCAGCCCAGAGGAGACUCCUCCUGAGGGUGUGGGCGAGGAGCUGCUGCUGGCCUCUGAAUGCCUGCAGCACCCCCUGCUUUUGGCCUGGUUUUCAGGGCCUUUGGGACUCCGCUGCAGAGUUGAGGAUUUUAGGUUGUCUGGUCAAGGGCACCCUUUACCAAACCUGAAGCCCCUUGUCCAGGGGGUGGGGGGGCAGGACUCUGCGUGUGAUCAGAGACUCCAGGCCCACCCUCCCUCAGAGGCAGGCUGUGCCCUGACUCCCAGGGAGGACCCUGACUGAUCAAAGACUGGGACCCCCAUACUGGGGCAACCGACAGCCUCGGUGGUGGAGGGGAUGCAAAGUGGGGCCCAGAAGUGGGGAGCGGGGCCAUGUGGAGGCUCUCGGAGAAGGAGGGGCCAGAGAAGGGUGUGUGUGUUCUCACAAUUCUUACCCUGGGGCAGCAAGCCCUGAAUGCAGAAAUAAGAACCCAAAAAAGCUCACGUCGGGCAGACACCCCCAAAGUCUCGAGUCCCCUUCCACCAGACCUUCCUCAAGGUGUUGUGCGCGGAGACCCCCUCUGGUGACAGUUCAGUACCCCCUUGCAGGGAUGUGGCGCCGGCCCGUUGUGACGACGGUCACUGUCACAGAUCGCUGCUGCAGACCCAGUGGCGACGUGCACACCUUUAUUUGAGUGCCUCGCGCCCGCCCUGCAGCUCUUUGCCAACUGAUCGUGGCCCUGGUGCCCGGGAAGCCGGUCCGGGCCCACCAGGCCCCUCCUGGGUCCUGGGCUCCAGCCUCGGGGGAGGGAGGCUGGGCUGGAGCUGGGGAGCAGAGCGGUCAGCUGUCACUUUGGAAACGGGUGUGGGGCAUCCGAGGAGCUUGAUUUUCGGCCUGGUGGCCCUGACCCCUCAGGCCUAGAGCACCUGGCAGAGGACGUGCGUCAUGAGCUCUCUCGGGGGAAGUGGCCCCUCUCUCCUUCCCGAUCUGAGCUUUGCCCACUUCUUCUGUGCCGGAGCCUCAGGAGCACCUUGCAGGGGAAGCAGGGAAGGUCCUUGGCCAUACUUCCCUGACGAGACACAGGUCCAAGAGACACCCUGGCCUCAGGUCACUCAGAGCCAGGACCAAGCCCUGCAGCGAGUCACUGCCUCCCCAGCAGGGCCCUGCCUGCCAGCUCCCUGGUGUCCCCGGGGGCCCCAGCUUGUUACCUGUGUCCUCACCACAGCCUCCUCCAGCGCUGUUCAGUGUGUGGCUGCGGCUGGGAGAGACACUGAGUGUUAGAGUUGGGUCGGGGAGAGGGGUCCUCUGGGGGCCAGAUUGGCAGCGAGGAGCCAGAGGGGCUCAUGGCUACAGCCCGGGGGGACUCUUAGCCCCUCUGCCCACCCUGGGCCGCCUUCCUGGCAGCCGGGCCUCGGUGGUCUCACCACCCCUCAGCCUCACCUCACCUCUCAAGGCUCAGCCUCCUCUAGCCCAGCAGGAGGGGCGGGGGGCGUCUCCUGCUCACCCCCUGACAGGCCCCAGAGGAGAGACCCUCCUUCAGCCCUCACCUUUGACCUCCAGCCGGCAGUCUGCGGUUGCCUCCCCGAGCGCGUUGACGGCCUUGCAGGUGUAGACCCCAGAGUCAAAGGGGCUGGGUUUCCGGAUCUCCAGGGUGCAGACGCCUUGCUCGGAGAAGGCGCGGUAUUUGGGGUCCCCCUGGAUGUUCAUGUUGUUUUUCAUCCAGAUGAUCUUGGGCUGGGGAGACAUGGUCACAGGGAGGCCGGCGGUUGUGGGCUGGGUCUCGGCCUCCAAGGCCGUCCUCAGACUUGGGCGGAGACGCCGGGCCAGAGUCCUCAGCCUGCCUGCCCCUCCCCAGGCCUCACCUUGGGCGAAGCUCGGACACUGCAGGAGAGCUGGGUGCUGUAGCCAGGGGUGGUGGUGUGGUCGACCAGGGGCUGGGUGAAUGAGGGGGGCUUCUGAGAAGUCUCUUGCAACAAACCUUUUAAGUUUGGCAGCAAUAUCUGGGUUCAGGGGAGAAAAUGGAGUGAAUCUGAGGUUCCAGGAGGAGACCCUUCUCCUAAAGCAGUCACCAAGUUCCCAUGUAGGUGUCUUCUGCGGAGAAUGUCUCUCUGGGCCAUGCGCUGGUGGCCUGCAGAAAGGCCUCGGCCUCUAGAGGUGGGACGGCUGGGGCGCCAGGCGUGGCCAGCAGGCGGGCACUUGGAGACAGAAGGUCUCAAAGAGGCAGAGGGCAGCUGGGACCCAGGUGGGCCGGGGACAGGAGCAGAGAGAGGAGGUGAUCUUGGCUGAGGUGGAGACCAGCAGAUCAGAGACACUGCAUUUCAUUUCCGUUGUCUUUGGAGAGCUGACUGGCUUUCCUUUUUUCAAUAAAAAUUUCUCCCUAAUUCUGUGCGGCUCAGGCUGGUGUUAGAAAGGGUGUGGCCCCUGGAGCCGGCGUGGA